AUGAUAGAUAUAAUGCAGGUUUUUGACAAAUGUGUUGAUGGCUUCGAUCAUCACUGCAUGGUAUCUCUAGAGGACCUGUCAGGCCUCUCCUGGGUUGCAAGACCCGUCACUAGACAAAGUACUCUUGGUCUUGUGUCCCGCCAUGGAAGUAUGGAAAGUCAGAAUGUGCCCCUUAUGGAUCCAAUGGUAACCCUCUUUGGUAGCGUCCACGAGAAGCUCCCUGAGAUGGGAAGCAUGCGAAGCACGCUCUUUUCGAACUUUGGCAGCAUGUUCAGCAUGGCAGGGCAGCCCACCAAAAAUGAAGAGUGGGAUGAGGAGAGUCUCCCGAGAGAGGGUGAGGACUAUGCAUCUGACGCUGCGGGAGGUGAUUCCGAUGACAACUUGCAGAGCCCGCUACUCGCACGGCAAACAACGAGCAUGGAGAAGGAUAUGGUCCCACCAUCGCAAGCAGCUCAUGGGAGUGUAUUAAGCAUGAGACGCCACAACAGUCUCAUGCAAGGGAAUGCUGGGGAGGCAGUUAGCAGUACAGGUAUUGGUGGUGGGUGGCAGCUGGCAUGGAAAUGGUCUGAGAGAGAAGGGGAAGAUGGGAAGAAGGAAGGAGGGUUUAAGAGAAUUUAUUUGCACCAGGAGGGUGUCCCUGGGUCCCGCCGUGGGUCUAUCGUUUCGCUUCCUGGGGGUGAUGUCCCUGUAGAGGGUGAGUUCAUCCAGGCUGCUGCUUUGGUGAGCCAGCCUACACUAUACUCCAAGGAGCUCAAGGAGCAACAUCCAGUCGGACCCGCUAUGGUCCACCCAUUUGAAACCGUCAAAGGGCCAAGUUGGGCCAGUCUUUUGGAACCAGGAGUGAAGCAUGCAUUGAUCGUUGGGAUUGGGAUUCAAAUUCUUGAGCAGGUAGGAAAUAGGUCAUGUUAA